AUGAGAAGCUUAAUCUUCGUCCUUGUGCUCCUUGUCUUGCUCUCCGAUGUUCCACCAGUUAGAAGUGGACCGAAUAGAUACAUAAAAUCGUUGUUUUCUACAUGCUGGCGACUGAAAGGCAUUUGCAGGAAAACAUGUGUAAAAAAAGAAGAAUAUCAUAUUUUUUGUGGUACUACGUGGCUGUGCUGUGUAGACAAAAAGUAUUUACCUAUACGGACUGGGAAAUAA